AGAACAAACUUUAAGCUUCUGCAGGACCUGAAGUUUUCAGAACCAAAACAAAGGUGAGAGAAUGAAGUCUCGGUUGGUUCUGUUGCUGGGGCUGCUCCUGUAUGUGGGGGCUCAGCUGACCUCCGCUCAGCACUGGUCUCAUGGCUGGUACCCCGGAGGCAAGAGGGAGUUGGACUCCUUUGGAGGCCCGGAGAUUUCAGAAGAUAUUAAGUUGUGUGAGGCAGGAGAAUGUGGCUACCUAAGACCCCAGAGGAGGAACAUCCUGAGGGACAUCGUUCUGGAUGCUUUGACCAGAGAGCUCCAGAAAAGAAAGUAACAACUGCUUUUACUUUACUUUUUUUAAAAAACCUGUGACCAUUUUUAAAGUGUCGUUGUCUUGGAGUAAUUCUGUUUUCCUUAUGUUACUUUUAUCAGUAAAUCUGCUCUCCAGUAUUGCACUGUUUUGUUUUUUGUUCCAUGGCAAACAAUUGUAAAACAUAAUGUCCCAAAAUAAAGUGUCUGUUUUGAUA